GGUUUGAGGGUUUCAUGCAAAUGAUUGCCGUUUUCCAUUCAUUUUGUUGCCGUUGGACUUUACAUAACAUGCGCCGACUGUGUAAAUAGGGAAAGAGCAUCGCUGAUGUAUGUGUUUUAGUUUCAUAGUUUAGCAUUUUGUAGCCGUUCGGUCAUUUGUAUUUCAUUUGUUGAUACUUUUAAAAUAAGAACAUAGUAAAUAACCCUAUUAAAACGGUGCCACAAUCUAACCAUAUGGUAGGUUAAGUACGCUAGAUGCCAAUGAACAUGGAACCUUGGUUCUAUUCUCACACAGCAGUCCAAUAGAAACAAUCUUAAUACCAUAAUCAGGUCAAGCUUCCAAGGACCUUCCCUUGACAGUAAACCUAAUUUAUAAAAUGCACAUAAACUACAGUAAACCUAACUCAUGACACCGGGAAUUAAUAAGAUCAAAAUGGACGUACUGUACAAACUUGUUUUCUAAUUCCUUUUGGACUUUUUUCCAGCAGCAACAGUGGCCAACACAGUGGCCUUCAGCCUUGUGUGUAUUUAGUCUCAGUCAACAAGGCUCAAAAAAGCUACUGAUCACGCCAGAUAAGCCUCCGUCUAGUUAUCUUGUUUAAGCAAACGGUAACCAUGGGUGUAUUCAUUGCACAAAGCAAAAUGUUCUAGUUGCAAAACGUUUUCUUCAAACGUAACGAAACAGGAAGGAAUCUACCCGACAUUGCCCAAUAGGAACUCCGUUUGACCAAAUGUUUUUGCAACUAGAGCGUUUCAUUUCGCAGAAUGAAUACACCCCAAGUAACCAGGGUCUCAUGAAGAGCUCCAGAUACGGAGAAACAAAUAGGGAUGAAUGGAGUCUGUGGUAGCUGUAUACUCUGUCCAGUCAUGGCAUAGCUUCAUAACAACUCUUUAUCUUCAAGCCACCCAGAACAGAGAAAUAGAACCUAACUUAUUUUUCCUGGGCUUUACCUUGGUGGCUCAUUAACCCAAUUCAAGACCUUUACCACAGUAGAGAUUGAUUUUGGAGAGUUUUCUUGGUUGUGGCUAACCAUGUUAACGUUCCAGCUAGUGCAUGACAUAAAAACUCCUCUCAGACUGUGAUGAAUGAUGGCCAGUGAUCCAAAAGCAGGUCAACAUCAGAUUUCUUAUUUUGCCUUUAAAUGUCUUGACAUUUACAUCAAAGCCUUCUGCGGAAUGGUUGAGGUGAGUGAUAAGUGAAUGGUAAAAAUAUAGCCUAAUCUGAAGGCUGGCACAUAGGUGGAACUCCACUUCUGAAAGGAGACAUUGGUUUGACUAUAUUUAAACACUUAAAGGUAUAGAUGUGUUCUGGGCGUGCUGUCACUCCCGUCGUGGCUGGCACCCUCUUCACACUCUAAACCUCCUGUCCUUCUAUCUCUCCUUCCCUCUGAUUUAGAAGUGAUACGUGCCUUGUCACUAGCAGCACCUCUAUCUCCUCUCUUUGAUCCAUAUGUGUGGGGACGAAAACAAAGGCAGGCCUCUCAAUCAGGACAUGCAGAGACUCACAGUUGCCUGUUUACUGUGUCAUUCCCGGUAAUUUAAUCAUGCUCUCUGAAACAACAGAGGAUUAUCUCCGAGUGGGCCUAAAGUGCGGCAGCAUUGCAGAGUUUGUGAUUUGCCGUGGAAAAUCAAAAGGAUCAAUUAAGGGACACAUCCAGAGCUUUUGGAUGCGUGCUUCAUGUAACAUCAGUGCGCUAUAUGUGACAGGAUAUGAUAGCGAGAGUGGAAAGGUUGUGCUUGGUCGAAUACUGUACGAAGAGGCACAAAGGGGCCUCACUAUUAGUCUGCUGUUUGGGUUGAGUUCUGUUAAUAAUUAUAUUGCUGUCCUUCACCUGGAACUGCAUGAAAUGCACUUCUCUUUACAUGUAAUCAUAACGUGGAGCUAUGGCCUUAUUGCAGAACAACAGAGUCCAUGUUGGUGUGCUCGUCAUUCUCUAUAGGUGACUGACUGAAUAUGAGACAAUAAUGUAUCUCACAAUGAAUUCUGUCCUUACUUGAAGUUGCGUGAUUCAUUGAAGUGUAGUUGCUUAAGCGUUAAGUGGGUCAAUUCGUCAUGCAUUGAAUGGGUUGUUUUGCAGUUUUGUCACUGAUGUGUUCUGGACUAUCAUUAAAUUUCAGUGAGCACCCAUAAUUUUGCUGAUUUAUUGCUGACAAUCGCUCUCAAUGGAAUCCAAUCAAAAAUCCGGGGAUGGACUGACGGGCAUGCAGAAAGAGGCCUCACUGCGCGCACUCAUUCAGCGCACAGGAUAUCAAUUACUGCAGGAGAAUGGUCAGAGGAGGUACGGUGGACCCCCUCCAGGCUGGGAAGGCCCUCCGCCAGAGAGGGGCAGUGAAAUCUUUGUUGGGAAAUUGCCCAGAGACCUCUUUGAGGAUGAACUCGUCCCCCUCUGUGAGAAGUUUGGGAAGAUCUAUGAGGUUCGGAUGAUGAUGGACUUUAAUGGCAAUAAUCGGGGAUAUGCAUUUGUUACCUUCACCAACAAAAAUGAAGCCAAGACCGCCAUGAAACAGCUUAAUAACUAUGAAAUCAGGAAUGGACGGCUUCUGGGAGUCUGUGCCAGUGUGGAUAACUGUCGUCUGUUUGUGGGAGGCAUCCCCAAAUCCAAAAAGAGAGAAGAAAUCCUGACAGAGAUGAAGAAAGUGACAGAUGGGGUGUUGGAGGUCAUCGUUUACCCCAGUGCUGCAGACAAGACCAAGAACAGGGGAUUUGCCUUUGUGGAGUACGAGAGCCACCGUGCUGCAGCAAUGGCCAGAAGGAAACUACUACCAGGCAGGAUCCAGCUGUGGGGACACGCCAUCGCAGUGGACUGGGCGGAGCCGGAAGUGGAAGUGGAUGAAGACACCAUGGCGACCGUGAAGAUUCUCUACGUGAGGAACUUGAUGCUGGCCACGACAGAAGAGACCAUAGAGAAGGAGUUCAACAGUAUCAAACCAGGGGCUGUGGAAAGAGUGAAGAAGAUCAGAGACUACGCCUUUGUCCAUUUCACCCAGAGAGAGGACGCGAUAAGUGCCAUGAAUGCCCUGAAUGGAAAGCUGGUGGACGGCUCUCCGGUGGAGGUUACCCUGGCCAAGCCGGUGGAUAAGGACAGCUAUGUGCGCUACACCCGCGGCACGGGUGGACGAGGCGGAGCCCUGGUCCAGGGAGAGUACACCUACACCCUGGGCCAGGUGUAUGACCCCACGGCAGCCUACCUAGGCGCGCCCGUGUUCUACGCCCCCCAGGCCUACGCGGCUAUUCCCAAUCAGUUCCGCUUCCCCAGUGCCAAGGGACACGUUGCCGGGCGCGGCUUGGUGCGCGCGCCCUCGGUCAGAGAAAUUUACAUGAAUGUACCUGUAGGGGCAGCAGGUGUGCGCGGGAUGGGUGGUCGCGGUUACCUUGCCUACGCAGGUGUAGGCCGAGGCUGUGCCACCUACCAGCUAAAGACGGAAAAGCGCCACGACGACAAGCUUUUUGACCUGCUGCCGGGCAUGGAGCUCACGCCUCUAAACCCUGUGUCUCUGAAGCCCCCGGGUAUCAAACACGCACCACAGAUUUUGGAGGAUGUGUGUCAGAAGAACAACUGGGGGCAGCCAGUUUACCAGCUUCACUCAGCCAUUGGUCCUGAUCAAAGGCAACUGUUCCUCUACAAAGUCACCAUUCCGGCUCUGGCCACGCAAUACCCUAAUGUGCAUCCGUUCACCCCAGCCAAGCUGUGUACAGCCGUUGAUGAGGCCAAGGUUCACGCUGCGGAGCAUGCCUUGCAGACCCUGGGUCUGCAGACAGAGGGCGCUGAAGCUACAUUCCCAGGUUACACAAUAGCCAGCACGUCAGCCUCCGUAGCUGCCGCCCAGCUCAAACAGGCUGUCUCCCUGGGUCAGGACCUGGCAGCAUACACUACCUAUGAGGGCUACCCAGCCUUUGCCGUGACAGCCCGCGGAGAUGGUUAUGGAGUGUUCUAGAGGCUAGGGCCUCAUCUCAUCUCAGUCACUAGCAUUCAUUCUUAGUAUUUACAUUUAUAGGCCAUGUAUGCAGAUUUUCAGACACCAUCUAUCGCUAAUGUAUAUUUCAUUCGGUUGUGUCAUCCAUUUAGUUGUAGAGGACCAAAAUGUAACAUUGCAAAUUCACAUUCACAUUUUUAGUUUUGAUGUGUUAUUUUGUAUUUCACUAUUAUUUUGACAUCCAAGCCUUUUUUCCUCUUAUUUUAUGACACAGCUGCUUUGGUUCAUAGUGACAGACAAGUGGUCCGACUACAUGACCCAGUAGUGGUGGUGAUUGUAGUGUCCCUUGGAAGUUCACAAAGUUUUCCCUCAAACAUAUUAUUUACAUUUCCUCAUAAAUCAUUAAUAGAAAUAUGUCAGGGAUGCCAUUUCUGCCUUACUUUCAAUGUUGACCUUUAAUUUCUACCUAAGUGUGUUUGAAGUACAUUUAGAUGUUGUUGCACAGUUGUACUUUUUUCUAUGCUAAAAACACUGGCGUGGUUCAUUCAAUUUUGAUGGAAAGAUGAAAAUGAGGUUUAUUCUGUGCUAUUUCAUGUCUCAGUAUUUACAAAUACAAACAUCUUUUGUUUCCCUCUCUUUUCAAUGUUAUAAGUGUGCAGAAAAUGAAAUACAUCCAAAAGCUGUGAAGCUGAACUGCCUUUUUUAAUACUUUGAAGGUUUCUUGUCUUUGGAAAUGUGUCUGUUUUAGUCAUGGGAUAUUUAUUGUCAAAAUGUAUGGUUUUACAUUGAAAAACAUGGAGUGUUAGCUAUGGACAAUCAUAUUGGACAAAGACCAGUGUCAUUCUAGUUUGCAUAUUUUCUUUAUUGCCUUAAACUAAACCUUGGCUUGUGAACAUGGAUAUUGGAAGUGUCCACACAUUUAUCAGGGCACAAAACGACACUGACAAAUAUGAAAAUGCCAAGCAGUGACAGUAUUAAAGUGUGUAUAGCACUUAGAACUUAUUUUUAUACCAGAAAUCCAACACUGUAUAGUAUAGUUAUGUUUUUAGAUUUUUCAAACUCUCUGUGCCUCAAUAAUUGAUCUGAAAUCCCGAAAAGCCAAUCAAAAAGGGAUUACAUAAAGUUGGAAAUGGAAGGAGAAAUGGAAACUGUUUCAUGAAACAACAUAAGUGGUAGUGCUUGGGUAAUUCUAACAUGUAACAUUCUAACAUUCUAACUGUAAUGACCUGUGGAAAAUAAACAAAUUGCCUUUUCAAA